AUGAAACAUGGAGAUUCUUUUAAUCCGAAUGGCCUUAGAGUUCUUCUUGUUGAAAACAAUCCCACUACCAUCUUACUUUAUUCCAAGAUGCUGCAUUCUUGCAACUAUCAAGUGACACAUUGUUCAGGGCCAACAGAAGCAUUAUCUUUGAUAAGAAGUAACGAAAACAAGUUCGAUAUUGUGUUAACAGAAGUUAGCUUCUUUCCGGAUAUGAAUGGAAUCAAGUUUCUUGAAAUCAUUGUUCAAGAAACCGAUUUACCCGUUGUUAUUGUAUCAGCAGAAGAGAGAACCAGUAUGGUUUUCAAGUGUGUAACCAACGGUGCAUGCGAUUACAUACUAAAACCGGUUCCAUUAGAGGUUUUUAAGGUGUUAUGGCAGCAUGUUGCACGUAAGGAAUUUCUUCGUUUGGGGUCAUUGAAACAAAUUGAUUAUGUGGGACAGAUGAACCCGCUUGAUAGGGUAGAGAAUAGAGAACCUGGUUCAAGUAAUUCUGGUGAAGAAAAAGAGGUAAGUGGAAGCCCGGAUAGUGUUCCAUUGGAUUAUGAGGGAAACGAUAGGGAGGAUGAGCAAGAGAAGGUCCGAGGUAGUAAAAAGCAACGAAUGGUUUGGACCGACGAGCUUCAUCUAUUAUUUGUCAGAGCUGUGAAACAACUUGGAAUUGAUAAUGCUGUCCCGAAAAAGGUCUUGGAACUGAUGAAUGUACCAGGGCUCAGGAGGGAAAAUGUUGCAAGCCAUUUACAGAAAUACAGGCUAAGCCUCAAAAAGCUAAAAGAGCACAUGCCAGAAAGUUUCAGCGUGCCACAUUCUAGCCCAGCAGCUCCAGCGCACGAAGGCAUGUUUCUAAGUACUCCUCCGAUCGCUGAAAUACAGCAACAGCAACUUCCAGUGGAGUACAAUGACGUCCACCCAAUUAUUUUCCCUUUUCAUGAGCAAGAUCCUCUUUUCAAUCAACUAGAUUAUGUCUAG